CAUAUCUCGCUUUUUUCUCCGCACCAUCGUUUUUUUGGCCUCUUUUAUCAUUUUCAGAAUAACUGAAAAAAAAAAAUCAAGGCCAUGGCCGGCGAUUGCAGCAUCAGAGCACUAUGGAUCCUCAAUAACCUUGACGCCGUUGUUUUCUCCAGGAGGUUUCCGGUGGUGGAGAAGCGGUGGCGGGCUGCUUGCCAAAGUGAAAAUGAGAGCUCCCACAACGAUCCUGUUAAUUACACCGUGUUCUCUUCGCUUCCCUCUGAUUCAGAGCUAGCUGCCGCGUUCUCUGAUAGAAAGACAAGGGAGGGGUCUGUUCGUGGAUUUGGUAUACGUGUAUCCCAGUCAAAAGAAGGAUCAGAUUCAUGGGUUGAUGACUCAAUUACGCGUCAUCUUGUAGGCUUUUACAUAAACAGAGAGGAGGAAGGAGAGAAGAAUCUUAUCUGGCCUUUAGCGUUGCACAUCAAGGGUCCUUAUUACAUUCUUAUACUACCCUUAGUCGAGCCCAGGCAUGUGAAGGCUUAUGCAAGGUUAUGUAAGAGAUCUGAUUGUGGAAAUGCUGUCAUGGCAGAUGAAAAUUUGUCUUCUUUGCUUCUUGACCUUCCAUCAAUCACAGGAGCAUUCAUGGUGGCUCAUGCCAUUGGUGACAUAGUUACUGGGGAUGUAGCAGAGCCUGAGGUGGUUGUAAGUCAAUCUCCUUCAGUUGGCGGGUUGUUAGACUCACUUACUGGAAGUAUUGGGAUAUCGGGAAUCUCAAGAGCAAAACCUGUAGCCGCAUCUGUUGCAUCUUCUGCACCAUCUGGCUCUACUGCAAUUGGAGCUCUUGCACCUGAUGUUCCAAAAACUGGUUCAAGGCUGCUGGAUAAAGAUGCGCUUAGAACUUUCAUAUGUAGCGCAAUGCCCUUUGGAACGCCCUUGGAUCUCAGCUAUUCCAACAUAUUCUCAAUCAAGGCUAAUGGCUUUUCUUCAUUGGAUAUCCCUCCACAAGACCUCAAGCAACCAGCAUGGAAGCCCUAUCUGUACAGAGGAAAGCAGAGACUACUAUUUACCAUUCAUGAAACUCUUCAUGCUGCCAUGUAUGAUCGAGAUGAGAUUCCGGAUAGUUUAUCAGUCUCUGGGCAAAUAAACUGUCGAGCAGAAUUGGAAGGACUGCCUGAUGUGUCAUUUCCCUUGAUAGGAGUGAGCACAUCUAAGAUUGACACUUUAUCAUUCCAUCCUUGUGCUCAGGUUCCAGAACAAAAUGUGGAUAAGACGGCUCUGAUGUUCUCACCACCUCUGGGUAAUUUUGUUUUGAUGCGAUAUCAAGCAACAUGCGGCCUUCACCCUCCUAUAAAGGGAUUCUAUCAAUUGUCUAUGGUAUCCGAGGAUGAAGGUGCAUUUUUGUUCAAGUUGCACCUAAUGGAAGGAUAUAAGUCUCCUUUGACAAUGGAGUUCUGUAAUGUGACCAUGCCAUUUCCAAGACGAAGGAUUUUAUCUUUAGAUGGGACUCCAUCGAUUGGAACAGUUUCAAAUGCAGAGCAUUCUGUUGAAUGGAAAAUUAUCACAAGUGGACGAGGGCUUUCUGGGAAAAGUAUUGAGGCAACAUUUCCUGGAACUGUUAGGUUUGCUCCAUGGCAGACACAAAGGUCAACUUCCUUUAGUUCAGUUCUUGAUGGCACAACGGAUGAUGAUAGUGAUAAUGAGACAGAGAAUGCUAAUAAUAUGGUAAACAUAGAGGAGUUCUUAGAGGAAAAGAUGAAUAAGGAUCUUCCCCCGGUUGAUCUAGAGGAGCCAUUCAGCUGGCUUGCAUACAACUAUGCCAAAGUAUCGUUCAAGAUUGUCGGGGCAUCAUUAUCUGGAAUUUCUAUUGAGCCCAAAUCAGUAAGCAUCUAUCCCACUGUAAAAGCGCCAGUGGAAUUAUCAUCUCAGGUCACUUCUGGAGACUAUAUCUUGUGGAAUACAUUAGGGAAGUGCCCAUCUGCUGUAAAUGCAAAAGUGUAACAGAGGGAGAUUUUUCAAUGGAGGAUGUCAAGCUUCUAUGGAUAAACCGGUUGAUAUGGUAUGGAUAAAUGCUUUUAUUUUGGAUUCGGGUCUUUUGAGUUCAAAUCAUGUCGGAUUCAAGUUGUUUCAUAUUUGGACGUUUUGAACUCGAGAUCUCUGAUUGGAUCUUUUAGAAUUCGGACCGAGUUAGCAUUUUUUACUCCUUAAAC